AUGAUGGACUCAUCUCCCGUCCGUCCUGUCAAGCACCCUCUUGAUGAUAUCACCAAUCGUCUUCCUAUCACCCCGGACCACUCUCCUCUCGCUCAUGUUAACGGCGUGAAGCGUCAGCGUCUCUCGCCCGGUGACCGACCGGCAAAGCCCGUGUUCGCUCCUGUGGAUGCAGCAUGCAACGUCGUUGGCAGACGCAGGAAGGCAAGAGUCGGCCUUGAGUUCGGCCGUAGCCUUGGUGUGAACGAGGGCAGGUUCGACCUGAGUGCUCCUUUGCGAACUGCUGCCCUCAACUACUAUUCUACGCCUGACUGGACUCACCACAUUCACGCUCAAGAGAACGAGAACGACCACUCGAUUCCUUUCGCCGUCUCUUCUUGCAACACGAACUCCCUCGUCGCCAUCGCUGAUGAAACCGGCUCGGUUCGGCUCCUCGAUACAGAUCCUUCACGUAACUUCCGCGAGCCGGUGCUUCAUCUCCAGCUUCAUAACAACGCCAUCUUCGACCUUUCCUGGAGUGCCGACGACGCCUUGCUCGCUACCGCCAGCGGUGACCAGACCAGUGCCGUUUUUGACGUUCAGCGACAGGUAUGCGUGGCGGGUCUGAUGGGGCACACAGCAACGGUCAAACAGAUUCUGUUCAAUCCUACGAACCCUGCAUUACUGUCUACCUGUUCCCGUGAUGGCAACAUUCACCUAUGGGAUCUACGCUGCACGGCUGCAAGCAACGGCGGCACGGCGUUCCAAAAGCCAGUGAACUCCGUCUUGACCGCACAUGCGACACCUCAGCAACGUGCUUCGAAAAAGAAGCUUCCUCCCACGAGUAUCACCAGCCUCGCAUAUUUACCAAACGGCAAUGUGGUAUCUGCCUCCGAGUCCAACUCGUGUCUCAAGGUCUGGGAUGUUAGACGUCUACACCCCCGUACGCCCAUAAUCACCACACCAGCUCCAGCUUCACAAAGUCGUCCCUACGGUAUCACUAGCAUGAAUAUGGCACCUAACGGACAGAUGCUGUAUGCCCUGAGCCGUGAUGGUGCGCUAUAUCGCUAUGACACUUCAUUCAUGGUGCGUGGACCUAUCGAUGCCGGGUGGAGGUGCGAUGGGUUGGCCGUGCGGUCUUACUUUGUCAAAUCGCAAAUCAGUCGUGACGGAAACUACGUUGCGUGCGGAUCGAGUGACAACAAUGUGGUGCUCUUUCCCACUGCCGGUAAUGGGAGCGCGGGUGUCACGUUGAAGGGAGGUCACCUGAAGGAGGUGACGAGUGUUGCGUUCUCGGGAGUUGACAACACUUUGAUGAGUGUGAGUGAUGACAUGGUCUGUCGUUUGUGGAGGGAAGGGUUGCAAGGCGAGGCUGGGGGUCUGAGGAAUGCCGAGGAAGGCGCGAGAUGGGGUUGGGGUUGGAGCACAUGA